AUGGCCGAAAUCCGCCGAAAACUCGUCAUCGUUGGUGAUGGUGCCUGCGGCAAAACCUGCUUGUUGAUUGUUUUCUCCAAGGGUACUUUCCCCGAGGUCUACGUUCCCACCGUAUUCGAGAACUACGUCGCCGAUGUUGAGGUUGAUGGAAAGCACGUCGAACUCGCCCUUUGGGAUACGGCUGGCCAGGAAGAUUACGAUCGUCUCCGCCCUCUCUCUUACCCCGAUUCCCAUGUGAUUCUCAUCUGCUUCGCGAUUGACUCGCCCGACUCUCUCGACAACGUCCAGGAGAAGUGGAUCUCGGAAGUUCUCCACUUCUGCCAGGGUCUCCCCAUCAUCCUGGUUGGCUGCAAGAAGGAUCUCCGAUACGACCCCAAGACGAUCGAGGAGCUUCGCAAGACAAGCCAGAAGCCCGUGUCUCCCGAAGAGGGUGAGGAAGUCCGAAAGAAGAUUGGUGCCUACAAGUACCUCGAGUGCUCGGCUAGGACCAGCGAGGGUGUCCGCGAGGUGUUUGAGCACGCUACCAGGGCAGCUCUCCUUUCUCGCAAGUCGAACAAGCCUCACAAGAAGUGCUUGAUCCUUUAA